AUGGACAUGGCAGCCGGUGGCCCAUUGGCCCCUAACACCUUUGGUUCUGCCAGUGGCAAUGCAAUCGAUGCUUUGUCCUUCUUCAAUUUGGAUACCCUUGGUGCUCAGGGUCCGGGAAACACCGGCAAUCAAGGCACUGCUGCAUUCGUGAACGUUCCAGCUGUUCCAGCAACAUCGGCUCCCCCAGUCAAUCCUUACCCACUCAUCCACGAUCCAAUUGCUGUCAAUACUACUCCUAUCGCCCCUGUGACAGCACCCAAUCCAGCCAGCCAGCAAGUUCCUGUCACUGCCAAUAUCGGGGAAGCAAAGCAGCCCAGACAGCCGUGUAGAGCCGGCACUGACGACCCUGAGAAUUACACCGAAGUCGUCCCAUCUCAAAGCUCGUGGAGCUUCCACAAUCUUCCUGAUAUACUCUACGUUUUCAGGGGCCCAGACAGGCCAAGAGGGAACAUCAAUGUUCCUCUUAAACCAUCACCCUGGCCAGAGCAUCCACCAAUCAGAGCCUUCGACCUCCUACCAAAUCGUAUCUCCAGCAAUGUCGAAGAAUUCCGCGUGGAAGCUUGGAUGCGUCUGGACAGACGUAUUCAACUCCGUGACAUCACGGAUCGAAUGAACCCAAAAUACCGAAUCUACACAAACACUCUACAACAGCGUGGUGUUCGGUUCCGUCAGGCAUUCUCCCUUGCCUCUUGGGGCGUAUCUAGUAAACAGACUGAUACCGCCAUCGAGAUCAUUCGAAGCAAGUUGAUUGAGAGGGGCAUUGAUCUCAACCUGAACACUACUCGGGGCUUAACUCCAGGGACGUAUACGGAUCAAAAUGGCAUUACUCAACGGAUCCCAACUCCAAAACAAUAUUCUAAACGUCCAGACACUACAGUCAGACGAGGCAUGGCCGCCCGGGACCUUAUCCUUGCGCCAGCAUUUGUUCAAGGAACUCAAAAUCACACCCCGAAUACCACUCCGGAGAGGAAAGCAGCUGCGUCUAAAUUCAUCCUUGUGACUCCACCCUCCGUCACAUCAUCUGCAGAAGCCACAUCCGUUACUCCUCCUCCGGCUACAAUGCCAAUUGCAACAGCACCCGGUAGUGGUUUGCCUACCCCUAGUUCCUCUCCAGCUAACACCAUGCCGGCUCAGGCAGCUGCCAGCGCUGCGGCCGAUGCGAUUUCCGACCCUCAGGCUGCUUAUAUCGUUGCAUCAAAUCUUUCAGCCUCAGGUGAGAUCAGAGGAGCUAGAGCACCCAACAUGGAGACUGCCAGUCAGAUCUUGGCAGGAACAACAGAAGGUGUCCACCAAGAAUGUCAAAAAGAUUCAGACUUCGAAGAAGCUAUCUUGCGCACUUCGAUAAUGAAAGACUAUCUGAGACGCUGUGAGGAAGAACAGCCACAGAAACCUCAUGAAGCAGAAUCAUACUCUCAUGAAGACGAUGCAUUCUGGCAGCCGCUCACCCCCGUUUCUGAUUAUUCCUAUCUCGAUUCUGAUACUGCUGAUGCCAUGGCUUAUUUGACCACCUGGGAACCAGUUGUGAAUUCAGCCAGGAAAUCAACACGCUCUCAUGCUUCCACGCAAGAUUCCCAGCCCAUGACUAUCUGGAACCCAGAAAAAACUCUCCGAAAAGUACAGAACAGACAUUCCAAGCGCUCCAUAUCACCAAGAAUCCAUAAGAACCCUAUUUGGAAAGACCGACGCUCUCCCCCUACCUGGAAGCGUCAACAACUUCAGAGACUUCACAACUCUAGAUGCAACACCAGCACCAGAGAAACUGCUCAAACCGUCAACAACUGUCUCACAGUUGCCGCAGUUCAACCUGAACAGCAAAUAUCAGAAACCCAGAUUCCCAGUGAAACUUCUGAUAACGAGGAUAUCGAGCUACUUUAUACUAGUGACGAUGAGGACAUUGAACUAUUCGAUGCUAGUGACGAAGAAUACUUUGAGGAUCUACAUAGACAAUCCGGGCUCGGCCAAGACGAUCAAGAUUACCACACAUUGGAAAACCUCAACGGAGACAUUGUUCGUAAUGUUAUCCAAAACAACCCUGAUGUCAAGACCAAUGACAAUUUCUUACAUCUUUGCCGGGAAUAUAUUAAAAGUCACAUGGACUCUCAGAUGCAAUACCCACAAAAGAGUGAGCUUACUAGUGCACCAGGUGGCAAUGCUUCCACAAGUGAUAUCUGCAACUCCUCCACAAGCAAUGUCAGCAACGCUUCCAUCACCGCAGCUAGUCCCAUAGAGAAUAUCAAACACAUCCAAACCUUGAAGGAUCUCGUCAAAAUAUGCGAGCAUCAGGCGAACCAGCCGGAAAAACAAAGCCCUCAAGCUUCCGACAGCCUAGGCCAAGAUAGUGCCAAUGAGGAUACCCUUCAGCGGCUUUCAGCUGAGGCAGAAGAGAUUCUCACCCAGCCAUUACAUCAAUAUUUUGGCAUGACCGAAGCUGAGCUCAUAGAGUACGUGGAUAAAUACGUAUAA